UCAUAAAAAUCAAACGCAUCGUCAUCGUUUUUUCUGCCAUCUGUAAAAAUCGCUUAAAGACGUGGAAAAAAAGUUUACAGUUUUUUGGGGUUUUUUUUGUAAUAGACAAUGCCCACAAUUGUGUCACAGAUUGAAAUAGCUGAGCAAGAACUUUUGUCAUGUGAGUCAAGAUUAGACAAGAUUGAAAGAAAAAUUAGAAUAUCAGAUUUGACAGAUAUACAACUAAAAGCAUUAGAGAAGGAAGAAAAAGAACUUCAAAAGGAGAAAAAGAAGCAUGAAACUACAAUAAGUCAACUUCGGAAAGAAAAUGGAAAAAACACGUUCAUCUCUUUCGUUAUUCUUGGACUUAUAUUGAUUAUAUAUUAUACUUUUUGGAGUUCUUGAAACUAUUGUGUUUAUAUAUGUACAUGUAACUAUAUCUUAUGUAAAUAAAUGAAGAUUUAUACAUUUA